UGUACUUAAGUAUGACAGCUCGAAAGCAAUCGUCUGAGGACCUUUCCGGGGAGCUACAUGACAAAUUGCUCAGCUACUGAAAAAAAGCAACGAAGUAAUAAGACCCCAAGGACCAAGUACAAGAAGUGAAACCGGAGGAUGUAAGAAUGCCAACACUGGCUUCGGUGCUACGGAGCAGUUCAAGGGGACAUGGUUAACACGGGGGUAGGCGGGGGGGACACGGAGGAGACUCACCAAGACCCCAGCGAUCACUACCGAGAGCAUGGCUCCACAGCGGCGCCGGCCAAGGCGCCCCACAGGCAGAUGUGGUCGGUCGUCUUCCUCUGCUUCUAUGGCUUCAUCGUCCAGCUGAAACCUGGAGAACCUUUCAUCACACCUCUGCUGCUCAGCCCAGAGAAGAACUUCACAAGAGAGCAGGUGACUAAUGAGAUCAGUCCGGUUUUGUCCUACUCCUACAUGGCGGUGCUGGUUCCCGUCUUCCUGCUGACGGACUUCUUGCGCUACAAGCCCCUGCUGGUGCUGCAGAGCCUCAGCCAUGUUGCUAUCUGGCUGCUGCUGCUUCACGGCACCACGCUGCUGCAGAUGCAGUUCAUGGAGUUCUUCUACGGCAUCACCAUGGCAACGCGUGUGGCCUACUCCUCCUACAUCUUCUCCCUGGUGGCUCCGGCGCUCUAUCAGCGCGUGGCCAGCUACUCACGCUCCUCCGUGCUGAUGGGCGUCUUCGUCAGCUCGGUGCUGGGCCAGCUGUGCCUCUCGUUGGGUGGCGUCUCUUACGCCAUGCUCAGCACUAUCUCGCUGGGCUUUGUCAGCCUGGGUCUCUUGCUUUCUCUCUGCCUGCCGUGGCCAAAACGCAGUCUGUUCUUCAACCGGAGGCAGGAUGAGAGGGCCGAGGCCGCCCAAUGUGAGCUCGUCAAGAUGGAUCCCAGUGGGUUUCCUUCCUCAACCGUCACCUCCUCCUGGCGGAGCUCCCUGUUUCUCCAGAUGGUGAAGGAGCUGAGGAAUGUGGUGCGGAUGCCUAACCUCCGCCUCUGGAGCCUGUGGUGGGUGUUUAACUCUGCUGGAUACUACCUGGUCCUCUUUUACGUGCACAUCCUGUGGAACAAAGUGUACCCCUCCACUGAGAACAAGCACGUGUACAAUGGGGGAGUGGAGGCAGCCUCUACUUUGCUUGGUGCCAUCACUUCCUUUGCUGCUGGCUUUGUGAAGAUCCGGUGGAACCUGUGGUCAGAGCUGAUGAUCGGUGUCAUCACUGCCCUACAGGCUGGCUUGCUGCUUCUCAUGGGUACCACUGACAGCAUUUGGGUCUGCUAUGUGUCCUACACCCUCUUCAAGGGACUCUAUCAGUUCCUGGUGCCUAUUGCCACUUUCCAGAUAGCCUCAUCUCUCACGAAAGAGCUGUGUGCCUUGGUGUUUGGUGUGAACACCUUCCUCGGGACCAUUCUGAAGACCAUCAUCACCAUCAUCGUAGUAGACAAGAGGGGACUGGGACUGUCUGUGCAUUCCCAGUUUUCACUUUACUUUUUCUACUUCGCUGUGCUGACCGUCAUCUAUCUGGGCUCUGCGGCUACCGUCUUGAUCAGACAUUGUCGUGUGCGGAGUGGGAAUGCGACCUCCACGGAGACGCCAGCCAAAGAACUUUGCCCUUUAGGGACAUGUGGCAGUGAACCAGAUCAGCACCCGGUCAAUGGGGUUAGUGUAAAGCGAUGAUAAUUAGUCUGUAUACAUAUAACGUUUAAAUUGACCUUUUUAUAAGAUUAGUUUUUUAUUAUACUAAUAUUUAAAAGCACUUUUCAAAUUCUUCUAUGUGAAUGAUCAGCACACAUACUGUAAUAGUGCAUGAAUCCUCAGAUAUAAUACUGUUGCAUUAUAUUUGUAAUAUUUCAUCCUUGUACUGUUUGGUAACAUAUUAGAUAUGUCAAAAUGUAAAACUGUUAACAUGAUUUUUCUUUUAAAUUUAAAUCAAUUUAUAUUGUACCUAUUUUACCACAACCCCACCCCCCCCACCAAAAAAAAAAACAAAAAUACAGGCACAUGGACUCAUUCCUCAUAGUGUGUGAUUGUGUGUCCCGCGAUGGACUGGGGGUAUAUGCCCCGCCCUGUGCUCCAGGCUUACUUGGAGUGACUUUGUGCUGUGAUUACAGAAAAUAGAAAAUGUCAUACAACCAAUAUCUAGCAAUAAUACUAGAUAAAGGGAAAAUUGCUGUAAAACCCCAUUAUAUGCUGGCAUCCUGUCCAGGGUGUACCCCUGCCUUGUGCCCUGUAAUGCCUGGAAUAUGCCCUAAGCCCCCCCCCCCCGUAGUACUGACCAGGAUAAGCUUUUGGAAUGGAUGGAUAAAUAGAUGGUGAGAAAUCUCAGUGGAUUUGGACCAGGGGUCACCAACCUUUUUGAAACCGAGAGCUACAGUACUUCAUGGUUACUGAGCUAUAUGAAGGGCUACCAGAAGAGACUUUACCUAAACUUAUCUAAACUUCAUGUAUAAUAUACAUGUUUUAAAUGUUUUUUUUUUUUUAGAUAUUGUCCUUUUCAAGUCUAUAUAAAUGCAAAUAUGAUUAAA